CGACACGUGCGUUCUUGCUUUGCCCGAUUGUACAGUGCCUGGCCAUGAAUUAAUUCGGGAGCAGCUGCUCACACUUGAGGCUACAAUUCUAUUCCGCUUGAUGAGCAGUUUCUAAACCACAGCCCCAUUAUCCCAGGGCCGAAAUAUAAAAUGUGAGAAGUCUGCACUUCCGUUGCACAUAAAGACCAAGACCGUUCAUAAUUUAAUCUGCACAGUUCUCCAAACGUCCUUUUGUUGUUUUUCACUGCAUAUAGAUCAAGAUUGUACCUUGUACACCGCUCGUGCCACAGAAGUUCCCGCCUGCCGCCUUGAAUGGGGCUGUGCGGCUUGCGCUGCCAUUGGCUGUUAAUGUAAUUGGCAUGAGCUUGCGGUAGCCACGGGCGGGCAUCUCACAACAAGCGCUUCAUCGUUCAGUGGAUAUGGCCGCGCUCAGGGCCCUUCUUGAAUUGUCGUCGAACUGUGCUGUUUACAGCAGUGUGUAUCGAAACUGUCGCAGCUCGGGGAGAUACUUCGUCCCAGUGAAAUGGAAAUCGACAAGCGCUGCGGCAGUUGAAACGUCCGUUUCGGGAACCGAAUCUACGCAGCAACAUUUGGAACCGCCACAACGGGAUCCAUUGGACCUGAGCUUUACAGACGCUAAAGCAGCGUACAAGAGUAAAACAACGUGGGAACUCAUAAGAGCGUACAUAGUGCUCAAACUAACCUCAAACAAUCAUAUUGUAAAUAACCAAGAACGGCUGAUGGAACUGGGUCAAAAAGUGCUCGGCAAGAGGCUGUUCAGACUUCUCAUGAAGCAUACCUUUUACGGCCACUUUGUGGGUGGCGAGAGUGACACUGCCAUCCAACCCCUGAUCAAGAGGCUUCGCUCGUUCGGCGUCAAAUCCAUCCUGGAUUACAGUGCAGAAGAAGAUCUCUCCGCCGAAGAAGCGAAAGAGGCAGAGAUGGCGUCUUGCAUUUCUGCGGCUGCACACGAUGUGGAGGGAGAAACAGCUUCCCAUCUAAAGCAGUUUCAGACGUCUGAGCAAUUCGCCGACAGGCGCUAUCCCCACGUGAUGGUGCGCACUUACUUUUACCUAAACGAGGCGCAGUGUGAAAAGAACAUGGCCACCUUUCUCAAGUGCAUCGACGCUGUCUCAGGUGCGACGAAAGGUACGGGCCUGGCUGCCAUAAAGCUUACUGCAUUGGGUCGUCCUCAGCUGUUGAUGCAGUUGAGUGAGGUUGUCGUGCACACCCGCAAAUACUUCCAGGAUGUGACUGGUGCAGACAAGGCGAUGGCACUCUUGGAAGUCACUCCCACAACACUGGAGAAAAAGUUGAAGGUCUCCAACGAACACAAAGACGCCUUCCGGACGUGGCUGCAGCGAAUGGACUAUGACCGCAAGGGACUGAUGAACUUGUUCUCCUGGAGUGGACUUGUGGAAACUGACUACUUCAUCUCUGAUCUAUUUAAGGUUCCCAACUUGAAGACGGGGAGGAUGGAGCCCAUUAUUUCUGCCCUGACAGAAGAGGAGGAGGAGAUGUUCAAAAACAUGAUGAGAAGAGUCCACACUAUCGCUCGUGCAGCCCGUGACAAGGACGUGCGGGUCAUGAUCGAUGCAGAACAAACAUAUUUCCAGCCAGGCAUUAGUCGCAUCACGAUGGAACUGAUGCGGAAAUACAACAAACAAAAAGCAAUCAUCUUCAACACAUACCAAUGCUAUCUCAAGGAAGCGUACAACAAUAUUGUAAGAGACUUGGAGCUGGCAAAAAGACAGGACUUCUAUUUUGCUGCUAAGCUCGUGCGUGGAGCCUACAUGGAACAGGAACGGCUUCGUGCGCAGACCCUGGGUUACGAGGACCCCAUAAAUCCAUCUUACGAUGCCACAAACGAAAUGUACUACAAAACGCUCACAGAGUGUUUGCGGCGCAUCGCUGAACAGUCGGACCGAAAGACGUCCGUCAUGGUUGCCUCCCAUAAUGAGGAUACUAUCCGUUUCACUGUUAAACAAAUGAAGGAACUUGGUAUUGGCCCAGGCGAUAGGGUGGUUUGCUUUGGCCAGCUGCUUGGGAUGUGUGACCAAGUCAGCUUUCCACUUGGUCAAGCAGGCUACUCUGUGUACAAGUAUGUGCCAUACGGACCGAUUGACGAAGUGAUGCCGUACCUGUCUCGCCGUGCAGUCGAGAACAAUAGCCUUUUGCAAAAAGUGGGCAAGGAAAUUGGACUCCUAAAGAAAGAGAUUGUACGCCGUCUCCUCAGAGGGAAGAUAUUCUAUAAACCGCAAGGAAAAUACACUCCUGUCUGAGCUAAGCUACGUUUUAGAAAGAAUGCGCACAAGUGCUGUCUUUGAGGUUGUCCGAGCGCACCCUUGUUUUACACACAUUUCUGCUUGUACGGAUAUGGGAGUUUCCGAAAUCGACGCUGCAACUGAUCUGAAUCGCCACGUUUCUGUUUUUUACCAGGCUUUUAGCUUCGUUGCUCGUGUGCAUGGGAUGAUGGGAUGUGUGGCUGCUCUUUCAUCUUCAGUUGCAUUCUGUGACUGCGGAAAGCCAGUCGAGUUACACCACCUUAAAGAAUCUCGGAAUGCUUUUUCAAACUGUACAAAUAGUCCGAGCCUUCUGCGUUUCUGUAGUCACCGUGCUUGCUGGAAAGGUGUGUGAAACUUCAAAUUGUAAUGGUUGUGUGGUUCCGUACCAAGAGAGCAUCCCCUCCCUCUUUAGUGUUGCAUAGGGCGUACCGACAGUGACUAUCGCAGCAGUGAUGUUUUUGUUUUUAUUAAAUCCACGCCCGAAAGUAAGGUGUACCACAUUAUGUUCAUCGUUCCUUUGGAAGUCCAUGUUUUAGUGUUGCUGCAUUUCUUCCGUAGUGCUGCAUAAUUGCAGGUUUGAAGGACUAAGCAGUUGCUUCGAGCAAACUUUUGUUGAGAAUGUAUUUGUAAGUUGUCUAAACACUUUCUUUUUCCUUUUUUUUUUUCUUUUCUUCUUUUUUUUGUGUGAGUAUGACUCAACUCGAUGUGUUUGUGUAAAAUUGUCGGUCAAGGUUUAAAGCUGUACGUCUCUGUGCAUCUUUCGUUGGAUUAUCAUAUAAUGUUAGUUUGCAGACCCUUUUGGAAAAGGGCUCGAUGCGUACUUUUGCGCUACACUCUUUAUUGCCUAUCUACCUACUGUAUUGUAUAGUGCCUUGAGCAGCCUGUUCAAAUUUGUGUUCAGUUUGAUCUGUUCUAGUAUGUUGUUCCAGUACGCAGUGUCAUGCUCGACUGAACAGCUGUGUUCUGGUGAGGGCAUUCUUUUCCUGAAUUGGCUGCGUCCAGUUGCGGUGUAGCAGGCAGUGAGCUCUUGUUGCGUUAUCCUGUCGUCUGAUAAACUUUGCAGAGCUUUGCAUUUACCUUUGCUCUUAAUUUAUGUUUCUGUUGCAUUUGUUUUUCUAAGCUUCCUUUCACAGACUAGUUAAGCGUUUAUUUUCUAAAUAAUGUUUAUUUAUCCCACUCAAUCGAGCAACACUUGAAAAUUCCUUCUGUGCAAAAACCGAGCAUUAAAUGUGAGCAGACAUUCCAAGCCACGCUUAAGAUAAAGAGGUAGCGGUACAUUAUAACUAAACAGAAAAGAACUGUUCAUCCUGUACAUUUAUAAGUAGAGCCUGAAGUUUUUUAAAUAUUUUUUUCUAAAUUGGAGUAAAAAUCUGUUAAAUAAGCAUGUGCUCUAAAUUCAUGCAAAUUCGGGUGGAAAAUCUUUCAGUACGCUAAAUUCGGGGAGAAAUCUGGCUCAGUUGCUCACACUAACGGAACUGGUUCAGUACAAAAUGGUGACGUAACUGUGUUUGCUGCCAAACAAGUUAGUGUGCAUUCCUACAGAUGUCGUAGUGAGGCAAUUUGCGAUUUGAGGGCAAUUUGCAGGGUGAAAAUCCGGUUUCACCCUAAAGAGGCAACUUUCAAUUCAGGGUGCAAAUUCGGAGAAGAAUCGGGUUAAACCCUAAAACUUCAGGCUCAACUUAUCAGUCGGGUGUGCUGUGAAUGGGUUACAUUUGCAGAACUCUGCAAGCAGUGGUCUGCACUUUAGUACCUCUUUCACAUGCACUGCAUCUUCCUAUUUCUUCUUUUGUUAGUUGACACAUUUACACACAUUUUACAUCACCUUUGUGGCAGAAUGUAGGCUACAUUUAUCAUUAGUUAUUAGUUACCAUUUAUCAGUUAGGCAGGUCUUGGUUGCGCCCAGCUUGGUAUGUACAUAUGCCGUAAUGCUUCCAAAGACAUGCGGCCUCUAGCACAAGGCACACUUUUCUUCAGUUUUGGAGUUCAGCAUGGUCUGCUGCGAUUUGUUCCCAACGGUUUUCCAAUGUAUGUGUCGAGCUUUGGGGCAACUUUGUUCUCUCAUUUACGAACAUCCUCCUCAGUGGGCGGAGGCAGUCUUUUAAAAUAUACCUGUUCGGCUUAUCUGUAGUUGACCUCAAGGAACACGUACAUUGUUUCUCCUAUACUUUUGAGUAGGUUUCCGCAAACACACAAUGGUUGUGGCAAGCGGCUGUGUGGAAGGCCCCGACCCAUGUACAGCCACUCUAAAUCUGGAACCUUGACAUGAUGCAUUAUGGUGAUAACUAGAAGCAUCCACGACUUAGUCGCACAAUUUUGCAGUGUGCCUGUCUGAACUGUGAUGAAAAUAAAGAUGUGAUGUUAGACAC